AUGCUCGCUAUUCCUGCUCUAUGGAGCACAGUAUAUGUCACUGAUUCGGAGAAGGAAGAGGACAUGGAGGCUAAAUUACAGACCUUUCUCUCUAUAUCUCGUCCCUAUCGACUGGAUGUAACCGUAUUUAUCAACGCUCGAGAAUCGGACACAAUAGCGCGUCGCCUCGCAGGCCAUACCGAUAGAAUCCGCACACUCAAGAUUGUUGACCUACACCAAGGAUACACAUACCUUACGAUGGCAUGGAUAUCACGCAUUCUCUCAACCAUAGGGCUCCUUCCCAAUCUGGAGCGUCUUCGAGUGGAAGCCCAGACCCCAAUUGGGGGCGAAGAUGCCACUAGAGUGUUUCAACAAGCACCAUCGCUCACUAACUUUCAUGGCAUGUGGCUAAGAGCGACCUUGCCACCACAGCGCGCCUUGCAAUCGCUUGCGCUCGAUCUUUCACCAUAUCAGGUGUGGGAUAUCGCGGAAUCAUAUCCCCGGCUUGAAGAGUUUCGAGUACGACUGACGAAACCGGUCUCGACUUGUGGCUCUACAGAGUUGAGGACUGAAUAUAAAGGGCCAGCAUGGUUCUUCCUCCGAUUUCUUGCCAUGGAAAUUCAUACGACCGGCAUAAAUCACGUCUUUUCUACCUUCACUUCCCGAACUCCCGUCCUGUUCAACUUGCGUGUCAUAUUGACACAGUGGGAGGCUCUUCCCAGUAUACUCAUGAUUCUAGAAGCCUCUCCAAGGCUUGCCUACUUUAUGCUCAAGCUGAAGGUUUCUAGUGGUACCCCUCCUCCUUUACCAAGAAUAGGUCAGACGUCGAUCAAGACCUUACAUCUGACAUGGUCCGGUGCAGAUAUGGAUAUCGUAUUUGAUGCCUUACUUGGGAAAACUCCCUAUGUGAGACAUUUGAAACUGUACGCAGGCAAGGACGCACAGUUUCCGUCGCCCUUCGUUCACCACCUUGGCCAGGUUGAGGAAAUCAACCUAAACUUUCACCAAAGAGGGUUGAAAGUUAAUUUACAGUCUGAUACAUUGCUGAGACUCGAUAUAUCGGCCUUUGCGUUCUUCUCAAAGGCGGGAGACGCAGCUCUGGAUUGUCGGAAUCUCCGAGCAUUGACAUUGAUCAACAAUACACCGAUCUCAUUUCGGCCAAGACAUUCAUUUGAAUGCAUUGGGACAAAGAACUGUGUCUCUCUGCAGGAGCUGUCAUUUCUUGGGACCUGGAGAUUCGAGCCAUUUCCUUCCCUCAACGUCAGGAGCGUUACUUGUCCUCCCAAUCAAAAAUUUAUCACCGACUUACUCUGUUACAUUAUCUAUCAACCCCACGACUGUCCUCGAUUAGAGGAGCUGUCCUUGCAUGCGCAUAGGAUCCCUUGGGACCUCCUCAUCGUCGCAAUCGAGCGGCGAAACACGCUCCCACACAAAUCGAAUGUCGCUCAGCUUAAGCAGAUAACUGUCCUCGAAUCACCAUCUGAUUGGACCCGUAUGCUACUUAUUCGGGCCCUACGAGGCGAGUUUGUCUUCUCUGACCUCGUCUCUGACGGGAGCUAUUCGAUUGAGAAGAUUUGCAAGCAUUAUUUAGAUCACAAUAUCACUGGAUGCCAUAACUGCGCUCUCGCGGCAAGGCCGUGCGAUAUUAGUGUCGGAGAAACAGUAUUUCCGAUACGUUACCCAUUUGAAGUUGCGGCAAAUGCACCUACCCCAGCUACGUACGGUUUGACUCUCGACGACGCUCGCGUGCGCUGGCUUGACCGACGUGGAAGUGUCGCUGGCAAACUUAGUGACGAGUGGAAUAUCUGGACGUCAAGGUACUCCAGAACAAUCGUGGCAGGGCACUCUGCAAACAGCUCUGAACCAGUUAUGUUCUCUGGGGAUAUAACACUUGACUGA